GUCGGGUGUGAUCGUCGCUGUCACGACCCUAUGCCUUCGGGAUGUAGAGACUGACUAUACGCAUUAAUCAGUGCAUACUACAUAGUAGUAAGAACGAAACAACCUCACGCGCGCGCCUUUGCCCGGUUGCGAAACUAGCUUUGACCACAGUUUGAACCACGCCGGCGCUGUUGCUGGGGCCGUCUCAACUCUGAACCUGCCCUAUCCGAUUGAUGAUAAUACAUGGCGAUAAUACAUACAUCUAACUCAUCAUGCUGGUCCUCACCCGGGCCGCCAGAGAUACUGACUGCACCAUGCAUAUCUCGCCGGCAUCGACGGCCUCGCUGGCCUCGCCGCCCUCACAUGUGCGCCUCCCCUCCUCCUCCUCCUCCCCGUUGCACUCGGACCAGUAUUCCUCUUUCUGAAACUGCAUAAUACUUCCUGCCACUUCCUGCCACCUGCUGCCACCUCCUGCCCACGCCCGCCCACGCCCGCCCACUCGUGCUUUGUUGAAAAGGGCAACUCUGCAACUUCCCACUCUGCCCAGCUGGAAACCAAAGCUCCGGAAUUUGAAAUCCUGCCCUGACAAAUCAUCACGACUCCAUCAUCAACAUGUCUGGCUCUGUGAUGCAAGAUAUCGCCCACCUCUGCACCGAGCACCUCAACGUGCUGGCCGAUGACGACGGCGUCGCGGUCGUGCAACUGAACCGCCCGCAGAAACGCAAUGCCUUCACCCAGGCCAUGAUCGAUGCCAUGGUCGCAGCCUUGGCUUACCUCGACGCAGCCAAGCACGUCCGCGCCCUCGUCGUCACCGGCAGCCCAGGUGGCGCGCCCUUUUCUGCCGGCAUGGACCUCAAGGAGCUGGUCCGCAUCUCAACUGCUGAGGCACAUCAGCGGGGCUUCCUCAAGGACCUCACCGACGCCUUUGCCCGCUUCUCAAAACCAUCUGUUGCCGCCGUGACUGGCUUCGCUCUUGGAGGUGGUUGUGAGAUUGCCUUGGCGUGCGAUAUCAUUUACGCCGACCAGGAUGCCAAAUUUGGGCUUCCAGAAAUCACCAUCGGCACUAUCCCCGGUGCUGGGGGGACCCAGAGGUUUGCACGAGCCCUGGGCAAGUAUAGGGCCAUGGAGCUCAUCCUGACGGGUGACUCGGUCCCUGCCGUCGAGCUGCAGCGCCUUGGUCUUGUCAACAAGGUGUUUCCAAAGGACCACGUCGAGGAGGAAGCGAUCAAACUUGCCAGGCGGAUUGCUGCCUUGUCUGCAACUGUCGUCGCGUCUGCAAAACAGGCCGUCUUGACAGCCGAGAACUCGCAUCUUGAGGCCGGAAUGGUCCAUGAGAAGGCCUUGUACUACGCGACAUUCAGCACUCAUGAUUGCAAAGAGGGGUUGUCUGCGUUUUUGGAGAAGCGCGCCCCGCGGUUCCAACACAGUUAGGACAAGGGUUGGUCGUAUAAGCCUUGGUCGUAUACCAUUGCAUGGGGGGCAUGGGACGAUCCAGCCCGGAAAAUAGCGUUCGUCCGAGCACGAAGAAGCUUUCUCGGUUGCUUGGCAGCGUAGCGAGAACUCUAAAC